AUCCCACCCCCAGACAGAUCAGAUAACCAAAGCAGUGCGACCUCGCCAUCACCAUGGUGUCCCCGACGACGACCGCAGCGGCCACGGCCACGGCCGCCGCCUUCCUCUCCGCCGCGCCCGCCUCCUCAUCUUCCACCCAACGCCGGCGUAGCCGUCUCCCAGCCAUCUCCGCCUCCCUCUCGUCCUCCUCGUCGGAAGAGCCGCUGCUCAUACGCGCGGCUAGGGGCGAGGACGGGCUGCCGCGGCCGCCGGCGUGGAUGAUGCGGCAGGCGGGGCGGUACAUGGCGUCGUACCAGGCGCUGUCCAAGCGCCACCCCUCUUUCCGGGAGCGGUCGGAGACCACCGACCUCAUCGUCGAAAUCACGCUGCAGCCGUGGCACGCAUUCGCACCCGACGGCGUCAUCCUCUUCUCGGACAUACUCACGCCGCUGCCGGCCAUUGGGGUGCCGUUCGAUAUCUCGGAAUCAAAGGGGCCAGUGAUCCAGUCGCCCGUGCGAACCGAGGAGCAGGUCAGGGAGCUCGUUCCCAUAGAUCUCGAUAAGCUCCACUUCGUCGGGGAGUCGCUCAAGAUUCUGCGCAACGAGAUUGAUGGAAAAGCUGCUUUGCUAGGAUUCGUGGGGGCCCCGUGGACCAUUGCAACUUAUGUUGUUGAAGGGGGCAUGACCAACACUUACACAAAUAUAAAGCGCAUGUGCCACACAGCGCCAAAUGUCUUGAGGGGCCUUCUCUCUCACCUUGCAGAAGCAAUAUCUGACUAUAUUAUUUACCAAGUAAACUCUGGUGCUCAAUGUAUACAGAUUUUUGAUUCAUGGGGUGGGCAACUUCCGCCUCAUGUGUGGGAGCAAUGGUCAAAACCAUACAUCAAACAGAUUGUGGCCAAGAUUAAGAAAGAAUGCCCUCAUGUACCACUUGUGUUGUAUAUAAAUGGAAAUGGGGGCUUACUCGAGCGCAUGAAGGACAUAGGAGUUGAUGUUAUUGGGCUUGACUGGACAGUGGAUAUGGCAGAUGGAAGGAGGCGUGUUGGUGAUGGACUCAGUGUACAAGGGAAUGUGGACCCAGCAUAUCUGUUUUCCCCAUUACCAGUAUUGACUGAUGAGAUCCAUAGGGUUGUGAAAUCAGCUGGUCCGAAAGGUCAUAUACUUAACUUGGGCCAUGGGGUUCUUCAAAAAACACCAGAAGAAGCUGUAGCGCAUUUCUUUGAUGUCACAAGGAGCUUGAGAUAUGACGCCCUUUUCCAGGGUCAUGUUACCGAGGAAUUGCAACCUGUUGCUUGAUGAUGGCUAAUAACAUUGCCAUAUUUUUAGUCUUACUGUCCUCAGUUCAGCACCUUCUACGUCUUCAGAGCCACUCUUUUGUUGGAGUUGUUCCUUGUAGAGAUACCGUGGCCAGAUCUAUUCAGUUUUGUUCAUUAUGUAUCUGCUUAUUUCAUUCAUUCAUCUACUCAGUAAAGAAAAAGCAUACCACCUGCUUUUAGUAGGAAGCUGGAGUUGAUCAAGCCUUUCUUUAUAGCUCCUUUAUUGGCUAUCAUUCCAGUUAGAAUGAAAACGUUGCAGGUAUUACAGUUGUAUACGUAAUUUCUUUUGCAUAUGUUAAUGAGCGGAACAUCAUAUUGUAGGUGCCAUGAUCUGGACUGGUACCAAUAUUUCAACCUACCAGGCUACAAUGCUUUAAAUUGAAUCAGUGCCCAGACCCAUAUUGGAAUUUA